AUGGAUUCUCAGACUAAGCAUGCUGUGGUGGUCAAGGUCAUGGGAAGGACUGGUUCCAGGGGUCAGGUCACUCAGGUUCGUGUGAAGUUCACCGACUCUGAUCGUUACAUUAUGAGGAAUGUUAAAGGACCAGUGAGAGAAGGUGAUAUCCUCACUUUGCUCGAGUCCGAGAGAGAAGCUAGGAGACUUCGUUGA